AUGAAUGGGGAAAGAGGGUUGAUGACAUUGGGUGCUCGGCCUCACGCAUCCGCCUUUCCUUCGGUAGGCCAUUUUAGACCGCGGCGUUCACAGUCCUCGCCGGCAUGGCCUGUCACUGGGAAAAGACGGCUCGACAGCUGCAGCCCCAACCCCGACGAGUCAUCCCCUCGGAAUGAACAUGAUCACUUGGAUCCACCCCGGAAGGUGCUUCGUGAGGCCCGGAGAGCCGAACGCGGCGUCUCGUAUUCCACGGAGACCAGUGCGUGCUCUUCAUCGAUGCGGAGCAUUCUGGAGCGCAUUCGGCAGAUUGUGCACUCGGAUGAGAAACGGCACCGGGGUUUAGCGCAAAGCCUACCCGCUGGAGACGGGAUUCAUCAUGAAGGCCUUCCUUCUGCACGGGAUUCGGUGGCAAGCGAGGCUGUGGGUUCUCACCGCGAGGCGGCGAAUGCGCAUCCCAACCCUUCUCUGCGCCUCCAUAGGUCUCCUCGGAUGGUGUCUACCGCCCUGCAGACGAGUCGAGAGGGCGGGCGGGGUAACAAAGGAGGGGAAAGGGAAGGGGAGGGGCGUCGUGUGGCCUCAGACGGCGGGGAAGCCUCCGCCCCGAGCGGGAUGACAUCGCGCUCCUGCGGUGAUUCCCCGUCGGUGAUUUGGGAGUGCGAAUCCGAUAAGAAUCGGCUCCCGGCGAGCACGCAACCACGCCGUGGGGAGCUGCCUCCACGACCUACCCCACGUCCAGCGAUCUACCCCAAACCGUUGAUGCAUUCACCGGGUGAUGGAGGGGAGAAAACCCUCCCCAGGGGGGCGAUGGCGUCGACAAACACCACCCUUUUGGAUUCCUCUCGCUCUGCAAACGAUGUGGAGCCUCGGGUUCGGUCUCCUGUCGGGCAUGAAUGGUGCUGCGAGAUGCAGGAAAGGCUGUUAAAAGAGCAGCGACGACAACAGGCGCGGACGGAUUCCCUACGGGAGGGCUUAACGGAGCUCUGUGCGGCCGUGCAGGAGGAUAUGCGGCGUCUUGAGGAUCGCCUGCAGGAUGCGUUGCGAGGCGUCGCUGACAAUGGGAAGGCGCCUCCGCCAUCGGGCGGGACGGCGCUUCUUCUUCAGGCCCUUCAAGAGGCCUCGCCGCUCGAAAGGAAGGCCCUUGCGCGGCUUCUCAUGCCGGAGCUCAAAUCCCUCAUACAGGAUGAAAUCCACACCGCCAUCCGUUUCGUUCAUCAUCAUCAGCAACAGCAAUCCUUAGAGGAGUUGGAAUCUCGGCUACGGGCCUACAUAGAUCAAAAGACGGCGGCGAUGUCGCCCACGUGCGCUCCCGUUCAGCCUCUCCCCUCCUUAUUAAAAGAGUUCCCUUCUGUCGAGCAGCUUGACGCGCGUAUUCGCGAUGUGGUGCGGUCGAUUCGGUCUGCAACGGAUUCCCCCGUUUUACCUGGCGAGGCGGCCACCACGGCGUCGUUUGCUCAACUCGAUCGUCGGGUGCGGGCGCUUGAGGAAGGGCUGCGGGGCCUUUCGGUGGGUCUCGCGAAGACAACGCGGCGGGAGGACGGGGCUUCUUCCUCCUCCUACUCCGAGGAGAGUGAGGAAAGGAGGGCGUGGCGGCGCUUUUCACAACUUCCGUCGUCGUCAGCCGCGUUCUCCCCCGACGGGGUGGAUGCGGUUCGGCUGGAGGUAGUGCAGCCCGCGCUCGAUCAUGUUCGCCGCCUGCUCGUUGCACAUCAGAAGUUGUUGGAGGGGAUGGUGGAGCAGCGCUGCGUGCGGACGGAGCACGCGAUGGAGUCGACCCUGCACGUGUGGGAGCAGGGCGUGGUGGGGCUGCGGUCGAGGCUGAAUUCGCUCCGUCGGGAUGUUCGCGGGGCCCUGGUGGAGCUUAGCCAGAAUUUGAAUGUUGCCUGCCCGGGUAUUUAG